AAUUAUCAGCCGCAAAAGUAAACAAAAUUGCUCUGCAGUUAAUUCAAAGCUAAAGCAUUAAUUUAAAGUAAUUUUAAGCAAUUUAUGUGGCUAAACAAUACAGCAAAAUGUCGACCAUCGAGGGCAUUUACUCGCUGCGUCUCGUCAUUGCGGACUUUUACAUGGAGAAGCCAAUAUUUGGACUGGAUCCAUGUUACUCCGAGUUGCGCGGCAAAGAAAUCAAACGUGUGCCCAUUGUGCGCAUCUUUGGCGCUAAUGCCAAUGGGCAGAAGAGUUGCAUGCAUGUCCAUGGCGUAUUUCCAUACUUUUAUAUACCCUACGAUAAGCGAGACUUCGAGACUCUGGAACGCGGCAUUCUCCAGAUAGCGAUGCAUCUGGACAAGGCGUUGAAUAUAUCACUGGGUCAGGGCAGCUCCGAUGCACAGCAUGUGUUCAAAAUACAGCUGGUGAAGGGAAUUCCCUUCUAUGGCUAUCAUCGUGUGGAGCAUCAGUUCCUGAAGAUCUACAUGUUCAAUCCACGCUUUGUGCGUCGUGCUGCGAAUCUGCUGCAAAGCGGCGCCAUACUCAACAAGAACUUCAAUCCCCACGAAUCGCAUGUACCUUAUAUAUUGCAAUUUAUGAUCGACUUCAAUCUGUAUGGCAUGAGUUAUUUGCAUGUGCCUCUUGAAGUGGUCAAGUUCCGACGCAGCAAUGAGGAUGAGGUGUUGUCCUAUGCAAAUGUGAAGCCGCAGCAGCUGCUGGACUUGAGCAGUGCGAGAAAAGUGAGCUGCAGCACCUUGGAACUGGACAUUAGCUCGAAUUUCAUACUCAACCGCUUUCAGUUGGCGGCCAAAUCGAAUGCCACGCACACGAAUCCCGGCAUUGAGGCUAUUUGGCACGAUGAGCAAGUGCGUCGCCAGAAAUUAGCACAAAGCUUUGGUGCCGAUGAACAAAAAGUCAAUGCGAUACCCAUUUUGGAAGUGCCGCCCACACAAGAGCGUCCCAACGUUGAGCUAGCGGAAAGCGAUGUUUUCUAUCGCACCGCCUUGGAGAGCAAGCUGUCGUCCUUGGAGCAAACAUUGAGCGUGGAUCAAACACUCAUGGAACAGAGCCAAGUGAGCGCUGCUCAUGUGACGCUGCAGACAAGCGUCAAGGAGCAACGUCGCACCUUCAAUUUGCAAAAGUUGCUGGUCAACUUGGUGUAUCCUGAGGAAUGUUCACAGGAGGCGCAGCAGCAAUUGGUGAAUGCAUCAUUCAUACAGAAUCAUUUGUCGGGAAGCGGAAGUGGCCAGAGUUUUGUGCAGCUGACGGAGCAGCGAGAAGACUCUGACUAUUUAAAUGAUACGCUGGUGGAUGAGCAGCUCCAAUUUCUGCAGUCGCAGGGUCCAAUGGCGCAUGAUGCCACCUUACGCGAGGAGGACUUGGAGUUGCUGGAUGUGCUGCAGCAGCUGGAGGAGCUGAAUGAGAAUGAAUCGCACAUCGAUUUGGACAGUUCGCUGGCGCCGCUUUCGCAGCAGCAUAAAAACUUUGAACUCACUCCUGAGCUGCUGGAUAAGCAGACGGCAGCCGAAGCCGCCAAGCAACCGUUGUCGGAGCAUGAAGACGACAGUUCAGAUGAAGAGACGGCUGCUGGAAAUAUGCAUGACUUUUCGGUGGCUUUAGAUGACAUCGAUGAAUUGCUGCUGAAGCUAACGCAAAGUCAACCCAAAUCGGACGCCGAUAAGUCUGUGAAAAUGCCGCAAGUCGAUGGCGCCGAUGAUCAACUGCCGCGUACGCCCAAGAAGGCCAACGACAAAGGCAAAACACAGCGUAGUCCGCCACGCACGCCCACAACACCCAAGAGUCGCAUCAGCAGGCAACAACCACGCACUCCCAAGUCAAGUGCGGCCAAGAAAUAUGCUCCUUUGCCUCUGACCAUAGUCAGCAAAUCGGCGCAAAAGAGCUCAACGGAGUCACCUGUUAUGCCCAUUCAGCUCAGCCAGCAGCUGGACACAGUUAAAAGUAAUCCAGCGCUGACGUUGCGCAAGAAGCUGGCCAUGACGGAACUACGUCGCAAAACUAUCUCGGCACCGCCAGAGGCUCUGAAGGAGUCGACACGAGCAGCGGCAACAAAGGAACAAACACCACUUCGUCGCAGUUUGCGAAAUCGAGCGCAGGACUUGGAUAAAACACAUAUCGUGUGCUCGCUAACGCCGCGUCAGAAGAAUCCUAAAAUGUCUGAAAUUUUUAUGGCGACAAAAGAAACAUCAGCGAGAUCAGAAGAAGAUAAAAAGCCACGCAGAAGUGCUCGCAACUACAGUAAACAGGAAGCAAAGGAGGUUCCACCUCAAAGUAAAAAGAUUGUGAAAUCAAAAGCUAAAGCACAAGUUGAGACUGCAACUGAAUUGAUUAAAAGGAAAGAGUCUGGAGAUAUCGCAAGCGAUCACAACUCCUUGCCGAAAGUGGUGACUUCAGAUUCUCCUGCUACUCAAAGAGUUGAAGCUGAGUUGGAAAAGCAAUCUGCAGACACUGAGAUAUCAACAAAAGGUCAAAAGUCUGUAAGAGAAAUUGAACCACCAACCACGUCAAGAACAGAAGAAAUUGUAGUAGAAACUAGGCCAAAUUUGGAUAUAAGAAAACCACUGCUUGAAUCGCCAGUUGCUGCCAGCGAAGAGGAUGAAACUAUUGUCUCCGAUACAGAAAGCGAUCGUUCACUGCCGAAGCUAAGAAAAACGCCAAAUUUGAGACGAUUGCGAAGAAGUUUUCGGGACACAUUGUUAGCCAAGAAUGCGACGCCAACAAGCACUGUUGAACCCAUGGAAGUUCUGGACACACCGCACUGCAGUCCGCAAAGCCAAGAGGACAACACCCCCGAGUUGAUGCGAAGUUUCUACGAACACUCGUUCAUGAUCAAUAGUCCCUCUGUUUUCAGCGAAGAUCUGAGCAGUCCACAAACCAAUGCACAGCAGAAAACAGUUGCUCAGCCAAGCAACAACUCCACCAAAUCCUCGUUUGUCAUCACACCUCUCGAGCUGCCGCCCAGCUACGAUGAAGUGCUUCUUGGCUGUCGCAAACUCGAUUAUCCCGAGUACACCUUUCAGCAGCCCUUCUACAGCAAUCCCGCGGAUGUGAGCAAAAUGACCGAGGUGGGAUUUCUAGUGCUGCGCAUACCCGGCAACAAGCUCAACGAUCUGGAACCGUUCGAGAGCUGUGUGCUGCCCAGCAAUCGUGGCCUGGCUGCUUGGCGACGUAAGCAACUUCUACAGAUUGGGGGACCUGCAAUAUUGCAACGCUAUAAGACUGCGGGUCAAAUACGCGAAUACUUUAGCACCGAGAAGCGAAUUGUGAUUGAGCCAGCGUUUAGUGCGCCGAGCAGACAGGAUGCCAAACUCUGGCUGAAGGCACGCGAGCUACACCAGCAGCGAAAAGGACAUGGCGAAAGGGUGGAGGAGCGAAACGAUGUGGAUAGUCCCAUCAAGAUCAAGAGACAGAAGAUUACCAUGAUGCUGAAUGAGGGCGAUGGUGCGGCGGCGGAUGAGGAUGGCGAACUUGAUUGCAGCGGCAUCAGUCUAACGCCCAUGUCCGUGUCCUUGACGCCAGCUUCAAGUCAGCGUCAUGCUUUGAGCAACAAAGUGCGCUCUCGACGUGGCACAAAACUGCAGUUCCAGGCAUCGUCUCAGGAUGAACCCCAACCAAGUAGCAGUCAGUCGAGUGAGCAGAGCGUGGCCAGCAGCGCUGCCUUGGAAGCCUUGGAGCGCAGUUCGUUUGUGCGACAGCUGGACAGCAUGAGCGGCGGUCGCAACAGCCACGAGCUGAGUUUUGGACUCAAUCAGGCAUCGCUGGACAACACGUUUGGCUUCAAGGUUAAUUUGGAGAAUCUGCAGCAAGCCAAGGCAGACAUUGAGUGCAACUAUUUGACCAUCAUGACGCUGGAAGUGUUUGUGGCGACGCGCGAGGACUUGCAACCAGAUCCGAUGCACGACGAGAUUCGUUGUUUGUUCUAUGCCAUCGAGCACAGUUUGCCGCCAGCGACAGUGGGCGAAACGCUGCCCAGCAAAGCCUGUGGCUACAUUAUCGUUAGCGAUGCCUCCGAUCUGCUAAACGAGGGUCGUCACCAUGGCUUGGAUGCGGAUAUUGAGCUGCAAGUUGUGCAGAGCGAAGCACAAGCUUUUGAGGCAUUGCUGGCGCUCUGCACACGCUGGGAUGCGGACAUCUAUGCGGGCUACGAGAUCGAGAUGAGCUCCUGGGGCUAUGUCAUCGAGCGUGCCAAGCAUUUGUGCUUCAACAUUGCGCCACUGUUGUCGCGUGUGCCCUCCCAGAAAGUGCGCGACUUUGUCGACGAGGAUCGCGAACAGUUCACAGAUCUCGAUGUAGAGAUGAAACUCUGCGGUCGCAUCUUGCUGGAUGUGUGGCGUCUGAUGCGCUCCGAGAUUGCGCUCACAUCGUACACCUUUGAGAAUGUCAUGUAUCACAUCCUGCACAAGCGUUGUCCCUGGCACAGUCCCCGUAUGCUCAGCGAUUGGUUUGCCUCGCCUUGCACUCGCUGGAUUGUCCUGGAGUAUUACCUCGAACGUGUUCGCGGCACUCUGGCGCUGCUUGGGCAACUAGAUCUCUUGGGACGCACCAGUGAAAUGGCCAAGCUCAUUGGCAUACAGUUCUACGAGGUGCUGUCGCGAGGAUCUCAGUUUCGUGUGGAGAGCAUGAUGUUGCGCAUUGCCAAGCCAAAGAACCUGGUGCCGCUGUCACCGAGCGUGCAACAACGUGCCCACAUGCGAGCCCCUGAAUAUCUGGCGCUGAUCAUGGAACCCGAGUCUCGAUUCUAUGCGGAUCCGCUGAUUGUGCUCGACUUUCAGAGUCUGUACCCCAGCAUGAUCAUCGGUUACAACUACUGCUUCUCCACGUGUCUGGGUCGCGUCGAGCAUCUGGGCAGCAGCACAACCUUUGAGUUUGGCGCUUCGCAGCUGCGUGUGUCGCGUCAGCUGUUGCAGCAACUGCUGGAGCGCAAUCUGGUGACGGUGUCGCCCUGUGGCGUGGUCUUUGUGAAGCGAGAAGUGCGCGAGGGAAUUUUGCCACGCAUGCUGAGCGAAAUUCUGGACACCAGACAGAUGGUCAAGCAGUCGAUGAAGUUGCAUAAAGAUAGCUCUGCAUUGCAGCGAGUGCUUCACUCUCGGCAGCUUGGCCUGAAGCUGAUGGCCAAUGUCACCUAUGGCUAUACGGCAGCCAAUUUCAGUGGACGCAUGCCCGCCGUGGAAGUGGGUGACUCGGUGGUCUCCAAGGGACGGGAGACGCUCGAGCGUGCCAUCAAGCUGGUGGAGAUGAAUGAGAAGUGGAAGGUGCGCGUCGUCUAUGGCGAUACGGAUUCGAUGUUCGUGCUGGUGCCGGGACGCAAUCGAGCCGAGGCAUUUCGCAUUGGCGAAGAGAUUGCCCAGGCGGUGACCGAGAUGAAUCCACAUCCCGUUAAGCUCAAGCUCGAGAAGGUCUAUCAGCCAUGUCUACUUCAGACCAAGAAGCGCUACGUCGGCUACAUGUAUGAGACGGCUGAUCAAGAGCAGCCCGUCUAUGAGGCGAAGGGCAUUGAGACAGUGCGUCGCGAUGGCUGCCCGGCGGUGGCAAAAAUGCUGGAGAAGGUGCUGCGACUGCUGUUCGAGACGGCUGAUGUCAGCCAGAUCAAGCAGUAUGUGUGUCGGCAGUUUACGAAGCUGCUGUCGGGGCGCGCCAAUUUACAGGAUCUUAUAUUCGCCAAGGAGUUUCGCGGCCUCAACGGUUACAAGCCAACGGCUUGUGUGCCAGCGCUGGAGUUGACACGCAAAUGGAUGCAAAAGGAUCCGCGACGGGUUCCGCGUCGUGGCGAGCGUGUGCCCUUCUGCAUCAUCAACGGACCACCGGGCAUGCAGCUGAUACGCCUUGUGCGUCAUCCGCACGAGGUGCUGGCCAACGAGGGAUACAAGAUCAAUGCCAUCUACUACAUCACCAAGGCCAUUAUACCGCCGCUGAAUCGCUGCCUGCUGCUCAUUGGCGCCGAUGUGAAUGAAUGGUUCAGCAAUCUGCCACGCAAACUGCUGAUGACGCCAGCGAUGUCCACAGCCGGAGAGCUGAUGAAUCGCGGCAGCGCCAAGUCCACCAUAUCGCAGUAUUUCUCGACGACCAACUGCAUCAUCGAUUGUGGCCGCCAGACGAAGGCGGGCAUCUGUUCGGAUUGUGCACGAAAUGCAAGCAAAUGUGUGGUCACAUUGCAUGCUCGGCUGGCACAUCUAGAGCGUGGCUAUCGACUGACCCAGCAGAUCUGUCAGGCGUGCUGUGGACGACUGGGUGACUUGCAAUGCGGUUCGUUGGAUUGUCCUGUGCUGUAUGUGCUGGAGGUGAAGCGGAGGGAGAUGCAACAAAUGCCACAUAUUCGGCAACAGAUCGAGCAACGAUUUUGAUGAUUCUGUAUAUAUAGAGUGUAUAUAUAUUUUGUAACUUUUUAUUCGACUAAAAAAGUUAAAAUGCCACAAGUUCAUUGUCUGCAGCACAGUUCAUGUAUAUAUCGCUUAUACGCUACGUAUGCCGAUGUGGUGUGGUGUUAAUGUUAAAUGUAUGUAUGUUUUUGUGUGUUAUCUUGAUGUAUAUGCUUUGUUAACUAUUGAUAUUUUUGUUUUAUUGAGAGCUGUGUUUUACAUUAAUUUAUAUAUAUUUUAUGUGGGUGUAUGUGUAUAUGUAUGUGUAUAAUAAUCGCAUGAGGAUGUGCACUUUACAAAUAAUCUAAAAUUUACUUAUGUACGUUGCUUUUAACAAUUUCCAAUGAGUUUUAACCAAAUUAAAUAACAAUCAUCAAUUAAUAAUAUAUUUUAUAUAUGUAUAUAUAUAACCAUGUACAUAAGAUUUUAUGUGUUCCUGCUCUGUUCUUUUGUUUUCUUUCAAUUUUUGAUCUUUUGAUUCUUUUUUUUUUGUGGUUUUUGCCCUGAUUGCACCUAAACAAUUUGCAAUUGUAUAUGGUUAUUUUUAAAUUGAGCGAGUGUCUUAACAUUUAUUCAAAAAAAAGAGAAAAAACAAUAUGAAA